AGGCAGGUAUGUCCGUAGACCAAACGAUAAACGAACUUAGCGGCACAUUAGCACAACUCAGCACAUUAGUUGCACAUAUUAACGGACAAAUAAAUGGUAUUACGAGUAGGAUUAAUCUCACAUUGGAUAAUUUCGAUCAGGCUGUGGCGAAUAUAGCAAAAGAUGCUGGUUCGGUCACGUAUCAAGUUGGAGACUCCGUAUCACAGGUACCAAACUCUUGGGUUUUCUACCUGUUGUUCAUCACUCUAAUCGUUGUCUUCAUACUACUAUCAGUUGUACUGAUAUUGAAUCUGAUAACGAAAGUCCAUGCAAUCGUACGGAUAGUGAAAAGCAAAGAUGGAACGGACGGUGCGUUGAUUUCAAUGAGGGAUGACCAACGAUACGACAAAAAUACCCACAUGGGGAUUACUCCUUACACACCUUAUAGUCAAAAUUCUCACUACACACCUCCCGUAACCACAAUUCGGAAUCAAGUGUCCAUUCCAAUGGAGCACGAACCGCGACGAGUUGGGCUGCCUAUGCGACGAGAUUCUGCUGAUGUCGAGCAGCCCAGAAUCUAUCAGCGAAGAAUAGAUGAAACAACUAUGAAAUACAGUCCUGACUCAACUUCGCCCUAUACAAGAAGUCUGGAAGUUUAGCAAACAUAUGAUUGGUUGCUUCAGCAGCGUAUGCGAUGCCUGAGUUUGUGCCAAAUAUGAGUUUGUAAUUCAAAAUAGGGGAUUUUAACGGAAUAUUGUAUCUCAGACUUGUUGUAAUCCGACCUGCCAUCUUCUACAAAACAUGAGCUUUCAUAUUUUGCUAUAGUAUUGUGAUAACGCUUUAACUGCCGUUGCGUACUACUGAAGCUUCUCUAGUCAACACUUAUAGUCCAUAUUCCAUAACCUCCAACCAUUGUUUUACGCUGCAAGUAGAUCCAUUGAUCUAACGUGCAUGCGUCUCGCAUUAACUACUAUGCUUCUUUGAUAUCAAAAUUUCUAUUCAACAAACUUUCAAAGCUCACUUCGUUACCGGUGAUGAGUGUUGCACUUAUGAAUUGAUCAUUGUUGUGCAUUAUUAUGUUUUCACUUCUGUAAGUGCCGAUUACCGCGUUUGUGAUCUCAGAUGAUGUAUAUUAUAGAUAAAGC